AUGUCGCUCCGUGGACCGUCAGCCGUCACCCCUUCAGCGAAGCCCACGGUCUUCGCCUUCGCCUCUGGCACGUACACCCGCUCGAUGAUGCCCUCCACGAGGUCGUCCGCGAGCGAGUUCCCGAGCCAGCCGAUCGGUUUCACCUCCUGCAGCUACCUCGGCCUCGCUGGCGUCCAGGGUGCGGGGGGCGACCCAGCCCAGGUCGCCCAGGUUGCCGAGCAUCUCGUGGAGCUCCUCGCCGGGCUGAGGUCCGCCGCAACGGCCACCGCCGCGGGGAGCAUGCGCCUCCGCUUCGUGACCGUGCUGGGCGCAAUGCCAAACACCCUGCAUGCGUGGGCUGCACGGGGUAAGGACCCCCGCUGCACGGCUGUGCUGCGGCGCCUGUCGAUGCCGAGGUCUGGGGCCUGGUUCUGCACCUUCAGCUUGAUCUUGCGCGCCGUCAGCUUCGACGCAGCCUCCUCCGCCACGUCCAUGUCGUUUACCGACGAGAGCAGACUUGCCCGAAAGGGUGAGCUUGGCCUGCCUCGCUCCCGCUGCGAAGUCGAUCCCCACUCCUGUGAGCUGCUUGACCACCUCGCGCCUCGAUCUCUCCUGGUCGUGACGGCGUCGACCCACGAGCGCACCAGGACCUCCUGGAACUUGUCGCUUGCCUUCUCCAGCAUCGCGCAGAGAGCCGCCCGCGCAGAUCGACCUGUCGGGCGCGAUAGGCGCGCGCUCAAGUGGCUCAGCAUCUCCGGGUGCAAAGUGCCGGCUGGGAUCCUGAGCCGGAGCCCAGAUCAGGACGGGAGGCUGAGCAGCGUGACCAUCAACUGCCACGGCCACGCCGCCGCAGCCCACGCCUCCGCCGCGGCCGCCGGGCUCGGCGCCGGCGGGGCGCGCCCGGCAGGGACCCCCCCGGCGGACGCCUGGCCCGAGGCAGAGCGCGGCGCGCAGUGGGCCGGCGCGCGGCCGGGGGCAGCGGCAUCGGCGUCGGAGGUGCUGCAGUGGCACACGGCCUUCUUGGACGGGCGCCGAGCCGCGGCCGCGGGGGCGGCGCAGGCGCAGGCACAGGCGCGUCAGGCGGCCGCAGGC